GUCACAUGUCGAAUCACUUGCAGUGUCUGGAGUACAACGAAUUUAGCUACUUUUGAUGGAAAGCUAAAAACAAAACGAAUAUAAUUUACAUUAUUUGAGUAUAAUAGUGUUCUUCCAAGAAUAUAUCCAGAGUAACAAGGCCACGUUGCCUAUAUCGUCCUUCUGUAAGUCUACCAUGGUCGGCGUUAAAGUGAUCGGGAGUGAUCCGGAAUUUCUACCGGAGCUAGCGGCCGCCAGCUCCAGGCUUGCGGUGGUUAAGUUCACAAUGGCCGGGUGCCGGCCGUGUGUCAGAAUAGCUCCAGCGUUCAACAUGUUGAGUAACAAGUAUCCUCAGGUUGUCUUCCUUGAAGUUGAUGUACAUGUCUGUCCGGCAACAAAGGCAGCCAACAACAUAUCAGCCACACCGACAUUCUUAUUCUUCAGGAACCGGGAUCGGCUGGACCAGUAUCAAGGGGCAGACGCUGCAGGCCUGGAGGAGAAGAUAAAGCAGUUCACAGAGAAUGAUCCAGGAAACAGCGAGGAUUCUGACAUUCCAAAGGGAUAUAUGGACCUUGUGCCUUUUGUAAACAAAGCCGGCUGCGAGUGCCUCAACGAGAGCGAUGACUGUGGCUUUGACAACUGUUUAAAUAAAGACUCCUCCUACCUGGAGUCAGACUGUGAUGAACAGUUGCUGAUAACUAUCGCCUUCAACCAGCCUGUAAAGCUCUUCUCCAUGAAGCUGCAGUCCUCAGACUUUGCCCAAGCUCCUAAAGUGGUGAAGAUAUUUAUCAAUCUCCCGCGCUCUUUGGGUUUCGAUGAUGCGGAGCGAAAUGAGGCCACCCAAACUCUGGAGCUGACAGAGGAAGACUACAAAGAUGAUGGAAUCAUUCCAUUGCGCUACGUCAAGUUUCAGAAUGUGCAGAGUGUAACGUUGUUCAUCAAAUCAAACCAAGGAGAUGAAGAGACAACAAAAAUAAACUACCUGACAUUCAUUGGUACUCCAGUACAGGCCACCAACAUGAAUGAUUUCAAAAGGGUUGUGGGAAAGAAAGGAGAGAGUCACUGAGUCGGGACAAAUGGGGGAAAGAGGAGCUUGCAGAUACAUUGAAGGACUUUUCCCUUUGCCAAAGCUGCCACACUUCAAGCAGACAUUGACACACACACAAACGCACACACUCCUGAUUUAAAGGAUUAGCAGUCUCUGGAGACUCUCAGUCUAUAAAUCAUUUGUAUUGUAAUUCAAAUUAAAAUCCCUGUAAAUAACA